GUCAUGGGAUAACAGCAGUAAAGGAAAAAGCAGGAACUACCCUAGGAAUUCAUAAUGCCAGUUCAGCAUCGUCAGAAACAGCAGAGCCUACUGCAGCUGAAACACCAAUUAUACAAGCGGAAGAUUCUCUGGAACAAAGCUCUUCUGAGAAUAUUCCUUCUUCUCCUUCAUCUGGAUCUCGUGGCAUGUUGUCAGCUAUCACUAAUGCUGUACAGAACACAGGGAAAAGUGUAUUAUCUGGAGGCUUAGAUGCUUUGGAAUUUAUUGGGAAGACAACCAUGAAUGUCCUUGCAGAAAGCGAUCCUGGAUUUAAGAGAACAAAAACACUGAUGGCAAGAACAGUUUCUCUAUCUCAGCUGUUGCGAGAAGCUAAAGAAAAAGAGAAACAGAGGCGGGCCCAGCAAGUUACAGUUGAAAGAACAGCACAUUAUGGACUACUUUUUGAUGAAUUCCAAGGUUUGUCUCACCUUGAAGCUCUGGAAAUCCUGUCAAAUGAAAGUGAAGCUCAGAUUCAGUCAUAUUUAGCAACACUUGAUGGAGAACAGUUGGAGACUGUGAAAAAUGAUUUAAUUGCUAUAAAAGAGAUUUUUAUUCCAAAGGAAUCAGAUGAUGAAGUGGUGCAGGCACAGAAAGAUAUGGGAGAAGAGUUUGUCAGCAUGCUCACUGAACUGCUGUUUGAAUUGCAUGUUGCUGCUACUCCUGACAAACUUAAUAAGGCUAGGAAAAAAGCUCACAAAUGGCUGGAAGAAGCCAGUUUUUCCACCCCAGUAGACAUGGAAGAGAAGAUAAAAGAAAACCGUGGAGAACCUGGUGAAGAAAAGACUGAAAAAGAAGAUAAAAUUGGUAGUGAUAAAACAGAAGUAGACAAAAACAAAACUGUGGAG